AUGAGAGCCACUGGUCAAUAUUUUAGAACAAGUUUAAGGAGACUUGGUACAAUCACUGAUUGGUACGAAUCUAGAAUUGUUAUAGACAGAAAGUCAAAAUUUCAGGCACGCCAUGUCCCUUUGAGCCAUCCAGAUGAAAUACCCAGCAUUCUCCAGCAAUUCCUACAGCAACAUCGAAAGCUUACAAAAAGCGCAAGCCAUCCACACAUAAUUGCCUGGAGAACCGGGGACUUGAAAGAAGACCUGAAAAGUCCAGCCAAGGUAAAGAAGGGUAUCGACGACCAACAAUACAAAAACGUACAACAGGGUUUCAAUGACAAUGGGGAGAAAGGAGCAGGGUCCAAGCUUUUGGAGCACCUUGUUCAACAUAAUAUCAUCAAUAAGUUAAUCAUUGUAACAAGAUGGUACGGAGGAUCUCCUCUUGGACCUCUGCGGUUUCGCCAUAUCACAAACACCAGCUUUGACAGCUUAAGAAAGGCGGAAGAGGAUAUAAAAGGCUCAAAUUAG